AUGAAACCCAAGCCCUUCGACAGGACGACGACGGGGACGAAGGUCGCCGCCGCGUUCGGGGACCGGAUUAGGGGGAAGCAUAUCCUAAUCACAGGCGCAAGCCCGAAUUCCAUAGGCGAGGCGACCGCCCGCGCCGUCGCCGGCCGCAGCCCGGGCCUCCUGAUCCUAGCCUCGCGCAGCGCGGCGAAGCUGUCCGCCGUCGCAGGGCAGAUCGGCGAGCAGCACCCGCACGUGACGGUCCGGACGGUGGUCGUGGACCUAGCCGACCAGAAUUCGGUCAGGGAGGCCGCAACACAAAUCAGGGGGCUGACGACGAGGCUGGACGUCCUCGUCAACAACGCCGGGGUCAGCCUGUCGCGGAAGCAGUGGUCACCGGAUGGCAAUGGCAUCGAGCUCACGUUUGCGACGAACCACGUCGGGCCCUUUCUCUUGACUAAUCUGCUGCUGCCUAUCUUGCUCGAAGCGGCCAGGACAAACAAGCCGGGAGAUACGCGUAUCGUCAACGUCUCCAGUUCCGCUCAUGUGAUAUCACCCUUCCGCUUCAGCGACUACAACUUCGAGGGGAAACCACUGCCGCAACGCGAACAACCUCGCAAGAACCUGCCGGAUCAUCUAUAUGAGCAACAUGAUGGUUUCCCAGGCAUGGUUGCGUAUGGUGCUAGCAAGACCGCCAAUAUACUGUUCAGCGUCGCACUGAACGAACGGCUACUGCCAAGUGGCAUCAGAAGUUAUGCCGUCAACCCUGGUGACAUCCUGUCUGGUCUCCUCCGCGAGGUUGGUGCCGAGUUCCGCAAGGUGACUGGAGCAAUGCCACCUGAGACAUGGAAGACACCUGACCAGGGGAGUGCUACGUCGUUGGUGGCAGCUUUCGAUCCAAGUCUCUCAGAUACCGGUGGGUGA